AAGUAAGCAAAAAUACAGCAAAAAGGCAGUGUAACGACGACAAACACACACACACACACACAUUCUUGCGGCGCAUAUUGUACAAGAAAUAAUAGAGCGACUAAACUGCAAAUAAUAAUGUCACCAUUUACAAGCGAUUUGAACAUCAACAAAGACAACAACAGCAACACCAUUGCAAUGAUCACCGCAGACAACAUGCCAGCGCUGUUGAUGAUGGCCACUGACAAUGUCAAUCAAAACAACAACAAUAAAAGCAGCAAUAACAACAACGACAGCAUCGGAUGUGACAAUAUGUCGCUGUUGAUGAGUCGCUGCCGUCGCAACAUCAGCCAGCGUGCUAACGAUUUGAUGAGCUACCAGAAUGUGCUCGUUAUGUUAACGGUGUUGGUUUGCGGCCUUGCCACUGUUAACGGGCUCAAGUGUAACAUGUGCGGCCAGUAUAACGAGGGCGUCGGCUCGAUAACGCCCUGCCUCAACUAUUCGGAUCAAUAUGCGCAUCUCUAUUUGAAGGAAUGCUCGAAGAAGAGCGAGAAAUAUUGUGUGGUUUGCAUACAAACAUAUGUAGAUAUGUGUGUGUGACCUUGCCCCGAUCAACCGCCAUGGUGACUACGAACGUCUGUUUACGGCAGACAUAUGGAAUGUCAAAAU